ACCAGCCGCCCGUAGCACUGAUGAAGAAGCAGCAGCUGAAUGAAAGCGUCCAGCUUAGCCGGCUGCUACUUUUGGCGAUGUUGUUACUCUCAGAAUGAUAUCACAGCGCGACAAAGGAGAAGUGGCUCGUUUUUAUACCGUCACAGACCCUAAAAGACACCAGAAAGGUUAUACCGUCUACAAAGUCACCGCGACGAUAAUCUCAAGGAAGAAUCCAGAGGAUGUACAAGAGAUAACUGUGUGGAAGCGAUACAGUGAUUUCCGGAAGCUCCAUCAGAAACUGUGGCAGCUUCAUAAGAGCGUCUGCAGCCAGUCAGAGCUCUUUCCCCCGUUUGCUAAGGCAAAAGUUUUUGGACGCUUUGAUGACUCUGUAAUUGAGGAAAGGCGACAGUGUUCCGAGGAUCUGCUCCAGUUUUCUGCAAAUAUUCCGGCUCUCUACAGUAGUCAGCACAUCCAUAAUUUCUUCAAGGGAGGUGACGUCCACGACGGCUCUGAGCUCAUUGGACCAGCUGAGCCGUUUUCUGAAUUCCUGGCAGAGACGUGGUCAGACUGCAGCUCCGAUGCUCAGAGGGACAUCAGCGGUGCUGAAGAUUUGACCGUCACGUCCGAGUAUGGAGCGGGCGCUUCCAGCGACAGUGAACUGACCUCUCUGGCUUUGGACACAGACUCGCUGGCCGACCUGGAUGAUGGCAUGGCCUCAGGCCGAACCUCCCCAAAUCAGCCACAUGGGGGAGCAAGCACCAUUAGCAGCAGCUGCAGCCCUCUCCUGCCCUCCCUGCAUGAACGUCGCCACACUCCGUCUCCCACUGCGGCCCCCUCGUCCUCAGCCCCGAACCCCAAUGUCACCCGGUCAGGCCGAGCAGCGCUCUUCUCCAGCAGCCUGAGGAGAGCUGUGGGUGGCAGUGCCAAAGGCUUGAAGUCAGAUUACUUGGACAGAGCCGGAGAGCUGAUCCACGUGGCCGUUCAGAAGGAGAGUGAGCAGGACUACCAGGCAGCUUUUUCUUUCUACCGCAGCGGAGUGGACCUGCUGCUGCAAGGAGUCCAAGGUGAGUCCAGUCCCAAACGUCGCGAGGCAGUGAAGAAGAAGACGGCGGAAUAUCUGCUGCGGGCCGAGCAGAUAUCCAGCGAGCACCUGAGGAGCGGUAUGGGUCAAGGGUCAACGCAGACGGUGGUGAUGGGGGUGCAGUGCUGCCCUUCCGGCAGCAGAGGGGGCCAGCAGAGUCCAUCGGAGGAGCUCAAAGCUUUCAGAGUGUUGGGGGUCAUUGAUAAGGUUCUUUUGGUCAUGGACAAGAGAACACAGGAGAUGUUCAUCCUGAAGGGCCUGAGGAAGAGCAGCGACUGCGGCACUAAGAGGACCAUCGUGCCACACUCCGUGCCAAACAUGGUGCAGCUGAAGAAGUUCGUUGUGUCUGAAGAUGCCGUUUUCCUUUUGUUGCAGUAUGCUGAAGGUGGGAAGUUGUGGUCUCACAUUGCAAAGUAUUUGAGAAAUUCCACCCCUGAAGAAAGCUUCGACAUUCCCUUCAUCCAGAAGAGCCACACGGCAGCUGUGCACGUUCCACAGCAUGCUGUACCCGAGCCUGGUACAGAUUCUGUCAGUUCUGGAUCGGAGCCCAUUACUGGUUCUGAUUCUUUCUCAGGUUUGCAGAAAGAUGUGGACAACUUCAGUGUCAGCCCUCAAAAACAAAGUCUGACCCAAAAGCUUCUGGAGCAGAUCAGGGCCCAGUCGGACUCUGGAGCCACCUCAGAGGAAGAGUGCACCAACAGCUAUCUAACACUUUGUAAAGAGUAUGAACAAGAAAAGGUAGAACCUGAUGCACUAGAAGAAGAAGGAGAAGAGGAAAAGAGUGAGCGGGAAACGCUGUCACUGGAUGUUCCCAUGGUGACCACCUCCGCUUCCUCGCGUACCCGCUCUCUGUUGAGCAACGACAGUCUGUCUUCUCCGAUCAGCUCUCAGGGACUCGGGUUCUUCACCGAAUCGUCUGACAAAAGUGACCACACCCACAACGACGAGCAAUACCUGGGCAAAGGACACGACCACAGUGACGUCUUCAGCCCGCUGCCCUCUCCUGCUGCACCCCUGUCCCUAAAUCAGUCCAAGCACACACCCAUGGAGUUGUUCCGUAUUGAUAGCAAAGACAGCACAAGCGAGGUGAUGUGUCUUGACUUUCAUAAGCCAGUUGCCGCCUUCUCUACAUCAGAUCUGGGUUCAGACCUGACUGACGACCUGCCUGAGCUGGCUCAGGAGGUCAAGGGCCACAGUUUGAAGUUUUGGGGGUUGGACUGCAGUGAUAAAGGUUCCAAUGAGUCCGUUCCAGUCAUCUCAUUUAAAGAGGCUGUAGUUGAGGAUGAAGGUCAACCACCAGACCUUUUGGUCAACCUUCCUGUGCUGAGUGACACUGUAGACUCUCUACAGGAGGAAUUUAAGCCCUCUGGAGACUUUCAGGGCCACAAGGCUGCAGCUUGUCUUAAGACGUCCAUCCAGCCUGAUGUUUUACAGCUUCACACGCAGCCAGAGGAGGAAGAGGAACAGCCGCAGGAGCCUUCAUCCUUCUGUCCUACCUCAGACAAUUCAGACCCAAGUUCCUCCUCGGCUUUCAUGUCCCUGUGGGACACCUGCAGCCUGACAUUUGGGCAAGAGGGUGUUGACAAAAUGGUGGUUGAUCUUCCAAGCCAAAAUAACCUUCUUGACACAGACACUAUUGAGAAAAAAGAGCCAAGCGUACAAGUCCCAAAAUUGAGUGGUACCCACGACGACUCGCUCUCAAACGAGGCCUGUGGGGAGAAUGAGAGUUUCUUAGGACUUGACAGUGAACCAUCAAGAGCUAAAGCUGAUACAGGUGGCAGCGACUUUGAUAAGGAAGUAUCGCAGCUGUUUGCACACCUAGAUGAACUGUCACUCGCUGCAUCACAAGUUCCCAUCCCAGAGGAGUUUGUAAAAUGCUGGGCUGUUGAGAUGGUGAUGGCCCUCCAUUCCCUGCACCAGGAGGGCAUCAUCUGCCGAGACCUGAACCCCAACAACAUCCUGGUUGACCACCAAGGUCACGUUCAGCUCACAUACUUCUGCAGCUGGAGUGAUGUGGAGGAGUCAUGUGACAAGGACGCCAUGAUCAACAUGUACUGUGCACCAGAAGUGGGAGGGAUCAGCGAGGAGACCACAGCCUGUGAUUGGUGGAGUUUGGGCGCCAUCCUGUUUGAGCUGCUGACGGGCACGUCUCUGCUCCGGUGCCAUCCGGCAGGAAUCAGCCGCCACACGACUCUCAACAUUCCCGAGCUGGUAUCAGAGGAGGCCCGGUCUCUGCUGGAGCAGCUGCUGCAAUACAAUCCGACAGAGCGACUGGGAGCCGGUGUGUCAGGUGUGGAUGAGAUCAAAUCCCAUCCCUUCUUUGCCGGAGUGGACUGGCCGCAGUGAUGGCUCAACACAGCUGCAUGCUGGGAAAACCACACACAGUCUUUCUACACCAAUGAUUUCUUUAUUGUUCGUAAUGUUCGUAACUGUCAGCUGUUACUCAGCAUCAUGCAGUGCAAUAAUUUUUACAUCGGCACUUUUUCACAGCUAAGAGACAAUAGAGAUAAAGCAGUGACAGUUCUCAGCUUUUUUUAAUUUAAAACAUAAACUAACAACAUAUUCAUGAUUGAUUUCCUAAUUCUACAUCACAAAAACGAUGAGCAAAUCCCAUCUGUACAGUAAAAUGGGCAGGGCUGGAAGCUGUGUAAUGUAAUUUCUUCAGGCUCCUCCCACAGUGUGGCACUAAUCACCAUAUAUAAACAUUUAUAUUUCUACAGUUGAAAAAAUUGAAACAGUUUAGAAUUUUGACCCACAUGGGUUAAAAUACAGAAAUAUGACAGUAGGAAACUCAGUUUCCCAGAAUGCCAUUGGAGGAUCAAAUAACGCCGCUACACUACAUAUGCUGGUGUAGCAUCAUGCAGCCGAAGAAAUGUUGUCAACCUUCAACUGUCACUGAAAGUGGCAAUAAACAACACCAAAAAAAAAAAAAC